AUGGCUUGCAGGUCGAGUAAUUCAGAAAAGUUAAAGUACACCAUAACAAAGUGGUCAAGCUACUCACAAAGUUAUCCUCCAGAAAAUAUUUACUCAGACAAACCAAAUGAUCAAUCUUCAAGAUGGUCUUCAGACUCCAACAACCCUCCACAGUUUUUGAUUUUAAAGUUAGACAAGCCAGCUAUAGUGGAAAGUAUUACAUUUGGUAAAUAUGAGAAAACACAUGUCUGUAAUUUAAAGAAGUUUAAGAUUUAUGGUGGGUUAACUGAAGAACAUAUGAUUGAAUUGUUAGAAAGUGGUUUGAAAAAUGAUCAUCUACCUGAAGUAUUUAUAUUAAGAAAUCAGAUAGACAGUCACCAUUUUCCCUGUAGAUUUCUCAAAAUAGUUCCUACUCAGGCAUGGGGUCCUAGUUUUAAUUUUAGUAUAUGGUAUGUAGAGUUGAAUGGUAUUAAUGAUUGGGAGUCAGUUAAAACAUGUAUGAACUGGUAUCACACAUAUCGAGAACGAGAGGCAAUACGAUUAUGUUUAAAACAUUUUCGUCAACGACAAUAUUUAGAAGCAUAUGAUGCUUUACAGAAAAAAACUAAAAUAUCGUUAGAACAUCCAGUAUUAACAGAAUUACAUGAUUUAUUAGUAUGUAAAGGAGAUUAUGAUGGGUGUGAAGAGGUUGUAUCAAAGGCAUGUAAUGAUGGUUUAUUUGACCAAUAUGUUAGUCAACAAGAUUAUGUACCAAUUUGGAAUGCAAUUCAACCAGUUAGUAAGAGUAAUGUGAUAAAUGAACGUCGGCCAGGUAUGAGAGGUGGACAUCAGAUGUGUAUAGAUAUACAUACAGAAACUAUCUAUUUAUAUGGUGGUUGGGAUGGUAAUAGAGAUUUAGCUGAUUUAUGGGCCUAUCAUGUACCUAGUAAAAGUUGGACUUGUUUAUCUCGAAAUACAGAAGAGGAGGGUGGUCCCAGUGCUAGAUCCUGUCAUAAAAUGUGUUUAGAUUUUGAAAGAAAACAGAUUUUUACAUUGGGAAGGUAUCUUGAUGCAUCAAUGAGAGCUACAGAAAAUUUAAAAUGUGAUUUUUAUAUGUAUGAUAUUGGUUCUGGUAAAUGGACAUUAAUAACAGAAGAUACUGGAUCUGUUGGUGGACCCAAAUUAAUAUUUGAUCAUCAGAUGGUUAUAGAUAUUGAAAAACAAAAUAUCUUUGUAUUUGGUGGUCGAAUUUUGUCUAGUACUGGUUGUGAAAGUGAAAGAUCUAGUCAUGAACCAGUAUUCAGUGGUCUAUAUACCUAUCAUAUUCCAACUAGUACCUGGACUAAACUCAUGGAUGAUUGUAAAGAAUUACGUUCUCGCAUUGGUCAUUCUAUGUUGUUUCAUCCGGGUAGAAGAGUUUUGUAUAUAUUUGCUGGUCAAAGAUCUCGUGAAUUUCUCAAUGAUUUUUUAAUUUAUAAUGUGGAUACUGGGUCUAUUGAUACUAUUUUGGACACAAAAAGUGAUGGAUGUCAACCAGGUUUUACACAAAGAGCAACAUUAGAUCCUGAUAUAAAUGAAAUACAUGUAUUAUCAGGAUUAAGUAGAGAUAAGGAUAAAAGAGAUAAUGUUAAAAACUCAUUCUGGGUUUAUAAUAUUACUAAAAAUAAAUGGUCAUGUAUAUAUAAAAAUGAAAAUACCGGUCAGAAUUAUUGGACAAAAAUGCAGCAUGUAGAGCCAGUACCUAGAUUUGCUCAUCAGUUAGUGUAUGAUCAUGUACGCAAGUUACAUUAUUUAUUUGGUGGUAAUCCAGGUAAAGAUAGCCUACCUAAAAUGAGAUUAGAUGAUUUCUGGUCUUUAAAGUUAUGUCGUCCAUCAACGAAUCACCUAUUAAGAAAAUGUCGUUAUUUAAUACGAAAGUUUCGGUUUAAAGAAAUGGCCGUCACAGAUCCACAUGAGGCAAUGGUUUAUUUACAAGUUCAACUGGCACAAACAGUUGAUCAUAAUGAUGAAGAGGAGGAAAAAGAGUUUCAGCUGUUAGCAUCUACAUUAUUUAAAGAGAGUGAAAGUGAAGAUGAACAUAUGAGAGAUGAUGGAGAUUAUGAUGAGAAGUUUGAAAGAAGAACCAGUUUAUUUGAUAUGUUAGUCAAUUAUUUUCCUGAUCAUAUGACUCAGCCAAAAGGAAAUUUAGUAGAUCUUAUACCACUACUUUGA